GAGGAAAAGUAAAAAUAUACGAAUGCCAUUUUUGAUUUAUUUUGAUAAACUAUUUAAAGAGUGAUUUUAUUAUUAUAGUAUAAUGAGGGUCGAACCUUUCUUUAAGUUAUUGUUUUCCUGAACGACCAAUUUCACUUCACAAAUUUAAAAAAUGUUGGUGAGGCGUUUCUCAGUGAAAUCGCCGUUGAAUUGCGCUCUUCCCUCAACCGUAAUCCCGCACUGCUUCUCAAGCUCCAAUGAAAACGACGACGUACAGAAAGUGUUCGGCAUACUCAGCAGCACCUCCACACCGGAACAGCUGAAACAAUCCCUGAAAUCAAGCGGUGUUUUCCUCUCCAAUGAAUUGAUCGAUCAAGUUCUCAAGAGGGUUCGCUUCAGCCAUGGGAACCCCUCCCAAACCCUAGAGUUUUUCCGUUACACCGGAAGAAGGAAAGGGUUUUACCACACUGCGUUUUCCCUCGACACCAUGCUCUACAUUCUCGGUAGAAGCCGCAUGUAUGGUCACGUUUGGGACGUCUUAAUUGAAUGCCAUCGUAAAGACCAAACGGCCAUAACGGCUCGCACCGUUAUGGUCGUGUUGGGAAGAGUUGCAAAAGUGUGUUCCGUUCGACAAACGGUGGACUCGUUUAGAAAGUUCAAGAAGCUGGUAGCUGAAUUUGAUACUAAUUGUUUCAAUGCUCUGUUGAGAACGCUGUGUCAGGAGAAGAGCAUGACGGAUGCUAGAAACGUUUACCAUAGUUUGAAGCAUCGAUUUCGUCCUAAUUUACAAACUUUUAACAUUCUUCUUUCGGGGUGGAAGACCCCUGAGGAUGCUGAAGGGUUCUUCAAGGAAAUGAAAGAAAUGGGAGUGACACCUGAUGUUGUUACAUACAAUAGUUUGGUGGAUGUUUACUGCAAGGGGAGGGAAAUUGAGAAGGCUUAUAAGGUGCUUGAUGAAAUGCGUGACCAGGGUUUGUCGCCGGAUGUGAUCACGUAUACAUGUAUCAUUAGUGGGUUGGGGUUGAUUGGGCAGCCUGAUAAAGCCAGGGAUGUUUUGAAGGAGAUGAAGGAGUAUGGGUGUUACCCUGAUGCUGCAGCCUACAAUGCUGCCAUCAGGAAUUUCUGCAUCGCAAAGAGACUUGGUGAUGCUUAUGGUUUGGUGGAGGAGAUGGUGAGCAAGGGUUUGAGUCCGAACGCAACUACUUAUAAUUUGUUCUUUAGGGUAUUUUACUGGUCCAAUGAUUUGCAUAACUCUUGGAUCAUGUACAAUAGGAUGAUGGUUGAGGGGUGCCUUCCGAAUACGCAGUCUUGUAUGUUCUUGAUAAGGUUGUUUAGAAAGUAUGAGAAGGUGGAUAUGGCACUGCAGUUAUGGGGGAACAUGGUGGAAAAGGGUUUUGGGUCGUAUACCUUGGUUUCUGACGUGCUGUUUGACUUGCUUUGUGAUAUGGGGAAGUUGGAAGAAGCGGAGAAGUGCUUCUUGGAGAUGAUUGAGAAGGGGCAGAAACCGAGUAAUCUGUCGUUUAGAAGAAUUAAGGUUCUCAUGGAACUAGCGAAUAGACAUGAGGCCCUUGAGAACUUGACGCAGAAAAUGUCCAUAUUUGGGCGACCACUCCAAUUGCAUCAAAGUUCGGUGAGCCAAACUGAGACACCAGUGUCUGCUAUUCAUUCUUGCCUCUAAACGACAUUAUUCUGCUAUAUUGAGAAUCAUGGACUGGACUGGUGGACUGUUGUCCUUGAGAGUAGCAGCAACUCCCUGGUUUUUUACCUUUUUUUUUUUAACUUGAUAGUGGGACAUGCUUUCUGGCAACGUAUGCUCUUGUUUUCCUGCUUCAAAUUUGUUGGCUCAGGUGUCACUUCUCCAUUUUGUUUGUUUAGUGAUAUUAAGAGUUUUUUUUUGUGAUGUGCGGAUGUUUUGUCUAUGGUAGCAAAAUCUGAUUGGAAGCAACUGAAAGAACUGCUUAUUGAGAUAUGUAUGAAUUGCAUGAUUAAGUUUUUUGUAUGUUUCUCCGUGUUGAGUAUGUAAACUUCCCCCUUGAAUAGAGAAGACUGGUAACGAACAAUUUUCUUGAUCCAGGAUCUCCACAGGUAAUUUCAAUGCUAGGAAAUUCUUAUCCCAGCGCUGGUGCCAUGUUCAAGCAGUAAGUAACUUGAACUCUAUGGGAAUGUUGAAUGAUGUGAAUACCAAUGACAGCUCCCCUUUUGAUAUCAAUGACUUCCUUCAACUGACAAGUCGUCCUAGUUCUGCUGGAGGGCCUCAAGGACAGUUGGGUUCUUUACGAAAAUAGGGUCUUGGCGUCCGUCCCAUUGUUCAACAAAACCAAGAGUUUAGCAUUCAGAAUGAAGAUUUCCCAGCUUUACCAGGAUUCAAAGGCGGUAAUGCAGAUUAUGCUAUGGAUAUGCACCAGAAAGAACAACUUCACGACAAUACUGUACCAAUGAUGCAAUCACAGCAUUUCUCUGUGAGCUACAUGUUAUAAAAGAUUUAGAAGUCUCAUCUUUUGUACAAUGCUGAUCUUUUUAUAGUUCUAGUUAUUCAAAAAUAUUUUAGAUGCAUGAAUCGAAGUAUGAGUUUUUAUUAUUUA